AAUAACAGAAACAGCGUUACAUCUGCCCUCGCUAUGAUGUUUGUUGAUGAGAGAAAACGAUCCGACAUCAACAGACCAAACUCAUCACCACAGACCGGCAUCCUUCCUCUUGUGAGAGUUCCCUCAAACUGUCAGAGGAAUAUCAGCUUGUUGACCUUUGACCCUGAUGGAGACAAGGUUCAAUGCAGAUAUGGAUCAAACAGCAACGAGUGCUACACCUGCACACCUCCGACUGUCCUCAGUCUCUCAUCGUCUUGUUCUCUAUCAUUCAGUCCAACCAGCAGCAGCAAUGAAGGUUCAUAUGCAGUUCAGCUGAUGAUGGAGGAUUUUCCCAGACAGAUCAUCACUCUGACUCACUACUCUAGUGGAACGACGUCGAAAAGCUCCAGCAGUUCUAUGACCAGAAUCCCCAGCCAGUUUCUUUUCAAAGUUGAUCAUUAA